AUGUUUGGUGGCUUCAAAGGAUUCCUGAAAAAGGCUAAGAAGGCUUUUACCCGUAACAAGGACGACAAUGAGGAUGAGGAAGAGGUGAGGCCUCCCACGAACCCUCCCACCACUGCCACCAGCCCCAAGCCACCCUCCGAUUCGGGUUCAUCACUUUCGAGACAUAUAUUUUGUUUCCCAGGUUCUGGUAGCAACUCCAAGUCCGGCAGCUCGGAGACGACGUCAUUGUCCGACCGCAGCCCGCCCUCCAAGCGAGACGAGAAGAAGAAAAAGAAAAAUGUGUUCAAGCGCAUUUUUUCAAAGAGCAAGAAGACGAUUUCGAAGAGCUCGGGGAAGGUGAUUGAGGUGACGAAAGCGAGCAGCCGAACCGCCGCGGUCGCGACGAAGGCCACGUUGGGCGCGGUGAAGGAUGGCGGCGUGGUGGCUGGCGACGCCAUCGUUUCCGGCUCUAAAGCCACCGCUUCUGAAGCGGCAACGAUUGCGAAAUGUGCCAAGAAUCAUAUCGUCAAGCGCAAGGGUCACGUGAAAGAUGUCUUCAAAAAACGUACCUUCCUCCGAAAACUGCGCAAGCGCCUCAUCCCCGAAAAGGCGACCAAGGAUACGGGCGAAGUGAGCGAAGCGCUGGCCGAACUCGCCUCGUUGCAUGCGGCGGAAAAUGUGGCGCUGGUCUGCCUGUGCUUCUACUUCCUCGGUGAACAGCAUCGUCCGUUUCCGACGAAGCAGCUCGCCAAGACGCGCGCUCAAAUUGGGGAGGCCGCCGUGCAAAGCGUGCAGCCGAAGGACUAUGGCCGUUGGGUGGACAAGCACACGAAACAUCAAAUGGCCACCAGCGACGAGCUCGACGCGGAGGGAAGCCGGAUUAUCGUGGCUGCUGGGCUGAGGGCUGCGUGGAGUGACGCCGAUGCCCUUGAAAUCCUCGACGCCGCAUUCCUCGUAUGCCCGAACCGAGCCGAGCAUCACCCGUUUUUCGGGCUACGCGUCGACCUGGCUAGCUAUCGGACCGAGCGAUUCGAGGCCUGGUCGAUUCCGCUGGACGUCGAAAACUGCCCGGCCGAAACUGAAGUGUCCUUUGUCGUCUUGCGCCCAACUUUUGUGACUGACAUUGUGAACUUGGCGAACAAAUUGACGGGCAUCGAAUUGGAGACGGCGCUCGACAAGUUGGCCAGCGCAAAACGCGCCAAACAAUCCGUGCUGCUGCCCCGUUUCCAGGUGAAAAACCAGCAAGACUUGCUGGCGCACUGGCAGAAGCGGCUGGUGGUCACGGAUGAGCACGUAGACCUGCUGGCCCCGUUACAAGGUGUCGAACACUGGGCCACGCUGGGCAUCCAGCGCGAUGGCGUCACCUUUGGGGAUGGGCCUGGGGUGGAGGAGCUUCCAGCCGGAAAGAAGCUGCAGCGCGACGUCCGCUCCCUGUUCACGCGCCAUCGCAGCUACAAUCUGCGCCUCGACAGCCCGUUCCUAUUUUUUGUCGUCGUUCAAGAGACGGUGCUUAAUCGGAUCCCCUUCCGCGAAGCGAUGAGCAUAUCGAUGAUGGCCGUCCCGAAUAUAUUUACAAACCUCUACCUCUCAUGCACGUCCCUCAUCGCACUUGCACUAAACUUUACAACUGACCCAACAACUGACUCGCCAUCACCAACGUCAUCUACCACCACCUUUCCAGCCACGCCAUCCGCUUCCGAAGACCUAUCAGCAGCUAUUUUUGAUGAU